CCUCGCAUGACGCACUCGCACGCACAGCCAAGUCCUGCCUCUUCUGCCUUUUGGCUUUCCCGGCCUUCGAAACUUCCCCGUCACCCUCCCACUGUUCUUCCUCCACUAACUGCGCCUGUGGGCCACGCGCCUGUCGCGAGACGUCUUCUUUUUCCUUUGGCUUCGUUCAUCCUUUUCUUCCCGAUUUCGAUUUCCUCGCCCCCCCUUCUGCCGCCGUUGAAUUCCACCUCUUGCUUUUGGGCUUGUAGCGCAUCCUUCGCUCGCUUUGCUCGUAAUCAGCGGGCGGGCUCACUCUCACUCGCACACGGACACCGCCCACCCCACCCAAGCCCGACAACUUUGAAACAGGAUCCUUCUUUGGAUCUGAUCACGCAAACCACCGCUCGCUUUUCUGUCGACUUCCUCCCUCUGUACAUUCGGAAUCACAUUUGCACACGCCGCUUUCGAAGCGCCGCUCCAGAGUUGUGCAUCUGCGCUCUCGGCACGUCGCUCUGUCGCAUCACGAACACAGCACUCAACAUUGUCCUUGCUGCCUGCGCCUGCGCACUCCGGUCACAAGACACGUAGCAUGGACAGCCAACGGCCGCUGACCGAGGUCGACCUGACCGACAUCCAAGACGACGACAUCCCUGAGGAAUCCGAGGACAUGAGCUGCUCGGAUGGCGCCCAGCAGGCGUUCUCGCCGCCUGCCAGGAUCGCCGCGCGCUUCUACAGACCGACCAUGGCGCGACGGAAGUCGUCGGCCGCAUCUUCCCGCCGCAACUCGCUCACCUCAAACCACUCGCAGAUGUCGAACAGCUCGUACAGGCAAGCCUGCAGGAACAACCAUGUCGCGCAAUACUUGCGGCGGGCGAGCAUCAUCGAGAGCCGGAAGAACCGACUGGCGGCGAGGGAAGCGCACGCCGAGCAAGUGCGAUUACGAGCGGCACUUGCCAAGUCCGCGCCUCGGUCUUCGAACAGCGAGGAGAGGGCCCUGGCUGCGCAGCAGGCGCGUGAGGUUCGUUUGGCACAGAUAGCGCAGACGUGCGCGGAGGAAGUGCGAAAGGCGAAGAAGAAGGCCGAGGAGAUGAAGGAGAAGAGGGCGGCCGAGGAGGAAAGGUACAGGUUGGAGAUGGAGGAGAAGCACGCGGAGGCGGAGAGGCGGAGGCUGCAGUAUCAGCGGACGUUGCGGAGACCCCGAACGACGAGCACGCCGCCGAACGCGGGGGGCCUGAAGAAACCGCCGAGCCCGCCGCCUUCAACUUUGGACGAGAAGACGGCAGCACAGAGGAUCCAGAGAGUGUGGAGGGCGACACGCAGGAAGAGGAUCUUGAGUGCGUUUACCGCACUGGGCAUGAGCAUUGAUCAGGUGCAGAGCUCGAGCUACGAAGCCGUACGCGAGAAACUGCUGGACGAUCAUGUGCUUUCCGUCACGAAGCAGGUCCUCGAGAUGUACGGGCUUUAUCGCGUAGACGAAGCUGCAGCCACGGGCCCUACAUCGGCGAUGGCACUGCAGACCCCGACGCGCAACUUCCUUACCGCCUAUCUCCUGCUCGGUCACCCAACCGAGGUCUUGACGCGAGACGGAGAGCAGGAGAAGGACUUGAUACAGAAGGCCAAAGAUUUAAUCUUGGCUUUUGAAGAGACGGUGUCGAAGAGCACACAGUUCAACAGAUACCAGCCCAGCUCGACUUUGCUAGAAGAGCUUCAGCUGGCGCAUACUACCUACCUGACUGCGUUCGAAGCGUGGAAAGCCCAGGAUUCGACGAUGUUGGUGGAAAUCAUGGUGGCCACCUUCGUCCAUCUGGAUGCCAUUUGGCAGUCUGUCAAGGAUGACAACGCGGGGGGUGUGGCCGAGGAGUAUCGCGAUGGCAUACGUAACAACCAGAUUCAGCUGUUGGUUCGCAUCAAGAGAAUGGUAGGCAAGGAAAGAGCCAACAUCAUGAUUGCAAAAGCGCUGCGCGAAGCGAGGAGGAGAGGACGUCUUCGCAGGAAACCCGUUGGCGACGUGAGGCCGAGGGUCGCUCCGGAAACUUCCAUCCACCCUAACAAAGCGGAUGGCAAUGAGUCACUGGCGGUAUCUCCGGAAGCGACGUCGCAUCUCGCUCCGUCAGCCUCUGAGGUCGAGGACGUCCAGAACAAGGCCUUUGCCAAGCUCUUCUCCGUACUGCCGGACAACCGCGUUCUUACGCAUGAGCUUGCCAUCGAUAGAGAAUACACAAUCGAGAUGGGCCCGCAUUCGGAUCUCCGGGAUGCUUUGAAUCGACAGAUCAUCGAACAGAUGAAGGCAGGCUUCGCACAGGGCGACGGCGACGCGUGGACCAUUGCCAUGGCGCAAAACAUCCGCGCGAAGCUGUUGCACCUGCUGGGUCCCGACAAACCGAACAGUCCGACGCGCAUGCAGAUUAUGGAGGUGCUGGAUCCCGACCUGGUGGCUCAGCAAUGCGCGCAGGGUAUUUUCUCAUAUGAAAAGUUCUUUAACUUCAUGGCCGCAUUGCUUCCCAAGCUUUGCGCUCCUGUCCGCGACGAGGAGGUCAAGGCACUUUGUGAGGAGCUGCAGCACUUCGGCAGCACCGAGGAGAUGAUCGAGAAGCUCGCUAAGCUGCUUCGCAUGAUCGAUCUUUUUUCCCUUGACUAUUCGAACUACCUUCUCAAAGCGGUUGCACCGCGCCUGAUACAGGAGGCGCCCGGCUACGAACAACGUCGCUUUGGCGAACAGCUUGUCCAUGGCGAGAUCACGUUGCGUCGAACAAAGAGGUGGUGGAAGAAUGCUCAUGUGAACUGCGUGACCGAAGGCGAUAGGCGUAACCCGCAUAACAAUCCAACUGCGCAGAAGAUUUAUGCGCGCGGACUCGUGGACCUGGCCAUCGCGUCCACGAAGCUCAAAGAGUCGGAACUGCCAGAGACUCUGCAGCUCGACCGUGAUCGUAUCAUCAAGAUCCGCCGCGACGCCGUUCGCAUCACAAUCAUAGGGGCAAUUCUCCUCACGGCCAAGAGCCUGCUCAAACGGGACGUACGUUCGCAAUGGAAGCCCGAGGCCAACCGACUGUGGGGACUGUUUAAAGACGGAUACACGUCUGAGACAGAAGACAUUGCAUCCAAAGCCCUUUCGAUCAUCGAGAGCGGUAAGCCCAUGCCUGCGACGACCAAAACUCAACUUCUCGGCACCAUAUCGCGUCUGCUCCCACAGGCUGAGAGCGGACGUUUCACGGACCCGGUCGUGAAAGUGCUCUUCCAGCGGCUGCGGACGCAUGUCUUCAAUCGCCUUUCGGCGUCGUCGUCCAACGAACGUGUAAGAGCCGCGAGCUCAGCUGGCGAAGGACUGGCCACGAGUGGCCUGCCGGAGUUUAUCGUGCAUGUGGGCGAUAUUGUGGAUCUUCUGACGCGCAUGAGCGAUGUAGAUCGCAAGAGUCACGGCGUGUGGUACGAGCAGGUUGCUGCCGAGGUGGAGGCAAUGGCUGACGAGGACGGAAGCGAUCUGUCUCGUGAGACCACCAACUCUGAAUCCUCAGCGAAGGCUUCGCCACAGGAAAGCGGAUCUUAAAGGUCCUAUGACGGUGUUUUGCGGAUAUGACAAGGGGUGGAGGCGCAUUUCUGGCGUUUUCGUUUGGCUUCUCUCCAAACGAUCAUCUUGGGUAGAAUGAGAGAAAGAGAGCGAAGCAAGUGCUACGGCUUUUGCAUCAGUAUACGGCAUGAAUGGCGUUCGCUUUGGUCCUUUUUUUUGUUUUUGGGAGGCGUUUUUACAACCACAGAUUGCAUGCCUGCUGCGUAACGCAUAUAGAGACGAAACGAAUUUGAAAUUUAUUCUUGACCCAUG